AUUGAAGGAAGUGACAGGAAGUGGAGGUUGCCUGUACUGCAGUGAGUCUCCGUGGGUCAUUUUCGCAACGUGUAUUUAACGGAGAGGCCGCUGGACUAUUUUAUGCAGAGUUGGUUUCAUUGCUGGCAGACUGCAGUAAAAUGAGCAACCCAGCGGUGUAUCCUCCUCUCACGGCCCCUGUGGCCAACUCGUUUGGCAGCGUCCCCGGCUAUGAAGGCAUCGGGGCAGGAGGUGGUUACCUGCCCCCUCCCAUGCCUAUGGAGCCUGUAGCCCCACCCCAACCCGGACCCGUACCUGAUGACUGGAACAUCCCGUCUCUGACAGAGGAUGUGGCCCGUGUGGCGUUCAAGAACUUCGCGUCGUCACAUUGCUGCUACAGUUCAGAUCCGGCCAACGAUGGGGUCAUCACUAGCAUGGAGCCGUACAACACGUACAGGUACCGCCUGGAGACGUUCACUGAAUCCAGGUCGACCGAAUGGGCCCACAAACCUCAUGAAGGUGAGGCGCCUGACUUCUACACCCAGACUGCCCCCAGGCCCUGGGAGAUUCAGGUCAUGCCACCCCAACUCUUCACUGAUAAUACUGAAAAGAUCCGCGUGCCCUACACGUCCUCCAUCAAGGACUGCCACAGCUGCCAUGCCACAGGUACAAUGCCAUGUGAGGAGUGCCAUGGAAAUGGAUAUAAGGAAUGCUGGGUGUGUAAUGGCUCUGGGACGAGGGACACCGGGGACUGCACUCACUGUAAUGCUACGGGCAAAGACAGGUGCACAGUGUGUGAUGGUCAAGGAACAAAGAAGUGUGAGACCUGUGAAGGAAAACGCCAACUGCUGACCUACAUCGAGCUUAAAGUGGAGUGGACUAACAAUGUGGAGGACCAUGUGGUGGAGCAGAACUCUGGUCUGAAUGCUGAAGAGCUGCGUUCAGUGACCGGGAAGGAGUUGUUCAAGAACAGCCAGUACCUGCUCUACCCGCUGCUCGGGUUCCCUAACCCGGCCAUCUCCGAGGCCUCGGAGCGGCUUAUCAGGGAGCACCAGUCCAAAUAUGGCCAGACCUCCAGGAUCCUGCAGCAGAGGCAGACGGUUGAGUUGAUUCCCAUCACCAAGGUGAACUACAAGUGGAAAAGUGGCGCUCACUGGUACUAUGUUUAUGGCAAAGAGCACCAAGUCAGCGCUGACUACCCCGCAACCUGCUGCUGCGUCAUCCUGUAGACACAACAUCGGCCUCACAUUUACCCCACACGAAACGUCCAUUUAGAUAAAUAACUGCAGCCGAUCAGCAGGAUUUUAGUUUUUAGUUCAAACAUCGAAUUCCCAUUGUUAACGAAAGCUAUAGGUAUCAAGGUAUCAAUUCUUAAUUUUAUCUUUACUUAAAACAACACUUUAAAUAUAGCUGUACACUCUUUGGUUUAGUGUUUGUCCUUUGGUUCUGACUGUUAAACUCUACCUCCUGUUAGGAUGCAGUUAUGAUUCACCUUGUGGGCAGAUGAAAGAAAAUAAUCGCCAUUAAUUGCAGUUGCAGUUCUUGGCAUGAACAGCUGAAUUGUUGAUUAGCCUACAUGAAGAUUUUGUCCUUUUAAGAUUAUAUCAGCCUGCUAUUGAGUCCACUAUCGUCUCUCUGUGAAUGCUUGUGCCAUUUCACAAAGGGAUUUUCCUGAAACACAACACGCCAGUAUGUGCACAGUACAGUAUGUGUAAAGUAUGUAUUCUCAGUAUUAUAUGCAACAACCUCAAAACCAUUCAACCCCCACUGUAAGUUAGGGUUAUUGGACGAAUAAUUUAAAUAACUUCUACUAGCUUGUACAUUUUGGCAAUAAGAAUAAUGUGCAAUGGGGGUUGAAUCAAUUUGAUUGCAGCUUUAAAUUUGAAAUAUAGUUGCCGUUAGUGCAGUUAUUCCUGACAUCUAACCUCAGCCCACAACCAGUCAUGAAAUCUUUCCUUGAAAACAAGUAGAUGAACUACGAAAAACAUGAAAUAGCUCCUGAGGGAUGAAAACACACCAAAUCAGACCUGACUGGUUUAAGUCAGGGUUUUCCAAAUUCUUGCAUGCUAGCUAAUAUAACUUGUGUCUGACAAUGUGCUGUUAGCUUACUGCCUAUUAUCAAUGUCAUGGAGCAGUUUAUACUCCGCUAGCAAAAAAUGUUUACUAAAACCACAUAGGAACACACAGCUGAUAAACUACAUCUUACAUUUUGCACACUUAGGUUCGAUGCUAAAUUUAGAUGUUUGUCAACCUUCUCCUGCAAGUGAAUCAUUAUUUGUGGUAAAUACAGUGAAAUCUGUUCGUUUUUGCGGCCAGCGUGGAUGCUUUAUGUUUACAGAAAUAUUUCUCAAAGUGACUUAUCAAUACUAUUCCUGACAUUUUUUACAUUCUGCAUUUUUUAUUGAUAUGGAAAAAAAAAAAUUCUUCUCUAAAACUGGACUUCAUUUUUCAUGAAGGCGUUUCAUCAGCUGAAAACUUUUACACAGUCUUUCAUACAUCCAUUUAUUAUUUUAAACAAACUACACGGUAAUUAUAGGAGUAUUAUAUAUGUCAUUUCCUUUUUUCCCCCCUGAGCUCCAGUAAAGCUUCUGUCGGUUUUCUUCUUUGCUUUAACUCUCAGUUAGUCAGCUGAUAAUCUGCCAGGCACCGAAAGGCAUUCUGGGUAGAAAAAAAGGAAGAAAAAGAGGCAUAAUUGUUGUGGCCUGGAGGGAGUUGGUGAUAGACGAUGAUUAGAAAGUUUAUUCUGCUGGAAAAUCCCUCGGCAACCAGAAACUGAAAACCUUACAAUCUUUUGGGGGCCUUUUAUUCCUCUUCCAACUAUUUGAUACUUAAACUUUUAGAAAUAAGUAGAUUAAUUUUACAGUUUUAUUAAUGAGGUUAGAAUCUGAACCACCUUCUGUUUUCUGAGGUUCCUGGUGCUGGACAGAACUGUUCUGUCAAUUCACUUCAGUGCAUUAUCUAAAAACUUCCUAUUGCAUACGGGUUCACUUCUGUGUUGUUUCGUUUUUAGUUUAAGGUGUACACGUUUUUCCCUUAUACCGAUGAUCUAUAGGAAAAAUGUUUGUUGUUGUGCAGGAUUAUAAGUGUGACUCUGUUAAUUCAUUCAUUACAGAGACAAACUUUUACAGACUGACUCUCACUCCACCCACAACUAAAAAUGUACUAUACACAAUAACAUUUCACAUCAGGACAAAUACUGUACCAAGAGUCCGUCUCUUUAAAGGUCAUGAGACUCAAAGCCAGCUGUCGUCCGUUUGCCGGUAUUGUCUGUGAGAGUCUGUGGCCCGAGCCGCUGGCAGUUCUUCAUUCGAUUCAUCAUGUUCGCUGGGCAACGGAAUCAGUCAUUUAGGGAGUUUGCUAAUUGGCUGUUCAGUUUAAAGAACUAGUACACGAGAAGAGUUGUAGCAGUAGUGAAAGUUAGUAGAACACCAAAGUUUAAAAGGCACACAGCCACACAGGAACCAGAUGUUUACUAAAGUAAUAUUUACAUUCAAAAAACAUUCAUUGCUACAAACGUAUUAAUUCAUUGUCAAAGAAGUUGAAAGAUAUUUUUUGUGUUUUAGGCUCGCUCAAAAUUCACAUUAGGGCGUUUUUUAUGACCAUGCAGAUGAUGGUACAUUUUAUUUUAUAGUUUUUAGCCGCCAACUACUCCCAGGCUAACUUUGAAAUGUGGGGUGCUGUGACCGACAGUCGGGCCAUUUGCUUGUGGUGGACCUAGUUUUUGUCACUGAUCGAAACACCUGUCAGCACAGAUGCAGAUUGGCAGAUAACUAAGUUUAGAGAACCAGUGCACUCAAAGAGAAACUGAGGUGACGAAAUUAAACAAAAUGACAACAGCUCACAGGGUCCACGGAAGGUUCCUCUUGCUUUUUUUAAUCUUUAUCUCACCCAAACAUUCAAAUACAAAAAUAUCUUUAUGACUACAUGAUCAUCUAGAACGAUGAGUAAAUCAGAGAAAAUCCCCGUGAUUCAGGAGAGGUCAUCCCUGAACAAUGGUUUGUAGCCUUUUCCAGCUUCCUAACCUCGCAGCUAAUAGUCUCUUUGGCCUUUGUUGUUUGAUGUCAGAUGUCCAAAUGUUUGUACCUUCACCUGCCUUCCUGCAGUACAGUAGAGCUCCUGAAGAGGGCGAUCUGUGUCUCAGCUCAGGCCUUUAUCACACCUUGUUUAUUUGUCACACUCAGGAUGAAGCCACUUCACUUUGACAGCCUUUACUCUUAACAUUAUUUUUUUUAUGCUGACUUUGCUACAUGUGACAUUUACUGGUUAUUUCUGAUUUUACAGUUUGCUGCUGAUCUGCAGCCUUUUCUAUGGAGUAUAUAACCAAAGUAACUUUCUCAUUUUCUUUUUAACAUUCAAUAGUUCUUCUGUAAUUGUUAGCAUCCACUUCACACAUGUCAGAUAGUUCUUGAACACAUCAUUCAGUUACAGACAUUAAACAUCUAUAAUAAUGGAUGUGAAGCUGCUGGAAUGUGAUGAGCCUUUAUUCGGUAGAAUCUCCCUUUAUCUGCAGAGUAAAUUCCUUAAAGCGAUACUGUGACUAACUGCUGCCAAUCACAUAGACAUGGUCCUGUUGUUAACAGUAAUGUUCUGUUAUAGUUGAUUGUUAAUCAUAUGUUACCACUCAAAUAUUCAAAAAUAAAAUCUGAGACUCA